UGGUCUUGAAAAAACUUAUCGCCCUCUUCACCCUUUGUGGUAUCUAGUUUUUAUUGGGGAAAAAUAAGGAAAUAUAGCAAAUCAUAUCUGCCAUUUUGUGCUGCGCUUUAACUACCGGAAAAGACAUCAAUGAACGACUGAACUUGAGUGAACAAGCAACAUGAGAGCUCCGGGUAGUUUUACUGCGUCAUCAUGCAUCGCAUUGAUAGUGUAUUUACAGUGUGUUCAUUUAGCAAGUUCACAUCGACAUAAACGCGGUAUAUUUGGCGGCGUGUUCGAUUUCACUGAUUUUGUGGGACAAAAAGAUGCACAGAACCGGGCCAAUGAAAAGAUGAGGGCUCUAGACGAGGAGCAUCGUCGCUACAUGACCACGUUUUGUGCUCAGAGGUGUUGGGAUACCUGGAGUGCUUGGGGACUGUGUAGUGACAAGUGUCAUAGCGGAUCCCGCUCCCGAACACGUGGCGUAAAGCAGCUUGGAUCGAGUGGUUACCCUAACACCUGUCGAGGUUUCCCCUGUCCAGGUGACCGAAUUCAGCAUCAGCGAUGUCGCAUCCAAUGUGUUAAUGGCGGGACGAGCUUAACAGACAUCUGUUCCUGCCUACCUGGAUUCCUCGGAGAUUGUUGUGAGAACGAUAUUACUUGUCCCCGAAUUUUAAAGCCUACUCAUGGCGAUUUAGGCGGUGUAUUGAACUGGCCUGCCCCCUACGACAGUGUUGUUACUUUCUCUUGCUUGUCGGGCUUUGCACUGGUAGGCGGUCCAGAGCAUAGGAGAUGUUUAAUAGACGGGACUUGGUCUGGCAGUUCGAACCCAAAAUGUGAAAAAAUCACCUGUACGGAUUUGCAGUCACCGAAAAACGGGUUUAUAUUGAAUGCAAAGCCUGGUUACGAAGUUGGAGACAACAUUGGAUUUAAAUGCCUAAAUGGGUUUGAAUUACGAGGAGCAAAUACGCUUACCUGUAUGGCGCGAUCUGGCAGUUUUGGGAAUUGGAGCACUGAAGCACCUACAUGCAUUAAACGUUGGUGUGGUCAUCCUGGUUCGCUAGGCCUUGGACAAGUCCACGGAGAAGACUACUUUUACGAAGAUCAGGUCACUUUUACAUGUAACCCUGGAUACAAGUUGGUUGGGCCGAGACGACGGAGAUGUCUUGCCUCGGGAGAGUGGAGCUCUUCGCAUCCUUCGUGUCUUCAAAUCAAGUGUCCACAACUUAUCGCCCCAAAUCACGGUCAGAUGAUGGUGAAGGAAGUUGAACCCCGGACACAAGUGACGUUUUCAUGUGACACUGGAUUUACACUGUUAGGGAACUCAUCACUUGUGUGCUUGGAGGACGAAAACUGGAACGGAACUGUUCCUGUCUGCCAGGCAAUUGAAUGUCCUGACCCUGGUAUACCUAACCACGGGUCAAGGGACGAUGAUGGACAUCAGUUUGGCAGAAGUGCUUUCUUCCUCUGCCAUGAGGGUUAUGUAUUGCAAGGUGUUCCCAAAAUCACUUGUCUGGCCAACGGUACCUGGGACUCGGAGGCCCCUUCUUGCCAGGCUUGUCCAAAGGAUUUCUACAAGGUUGGCCGAAGUGAUGGUGGUCAGUGCAGCCCAUGUCCAGAAAACUCUCACACCCUCCUGGCCGCAGCUUCGACUAAAGAGAUGUGUCUCUGUGAUAGGGGAUAUUCUGGACCACUUGGUGGGCCUUGUGAAGAGAUCACCUGUCCCGUAUCAGACCCUCCAAAGAACGGCCGCAUUGUAUCCUGCAGCAACCGGUUCGAUGGAGUGUGCGUAUAUGAGUGUGAUGAGGGUUACUAUCUGGCUAGAGGGAGCAGCCAACGGGCGUGCGCAGAGUCUGGUGAAUGGGACGGAUUCCCGCCGCAAUGCCGUGCAUGCCCCAUAAAUACAUACAAAGCUGAUGUAAACAGUUGUUUACCCUGUCCUCUGAACUCGAGAACUCUAAAAGAGGGCAGCAGUAGGACUGAGUGCGUCUGCAGUGAGGGCUUCCAUGGGCCCCCGGGAGGACCCUGUGUUGAUGUCAAUGAGUGUGACAGUAAUAAUGGCGAAGGUCCAUGUGAACAAGCUUGUGAAAACAUUGAAGGUGGCUACAUGUGCAGAUGCACUAUAGCGGGAUACAAGUUGUCUGAGGAUGGCAAAACUUGUAAACCUGCUAAACAAUGUACUAAUCUGACGGAGACCGACGCCCCAGCUUUCGGUGGUCUCGUAUGCCACUGGUACGUGGAGGAGAACUCUCAGCAGUGUCAAGUCAAAUGCAACCCGGGUUAUGAAUAUCCAACAAGGACUAAUCUAUACGAAACGUGUGGUCCAGCCACUGGAUUUAUCUGGUCAUUUCAGAGGUCAGACCCAAAUGCUACUAUUGACCCUUGCGUUGUGGAAUUUUUUCCCGAUUUUCGCCUUGAAGCGGACUCAGCUUACUUUGUCAGGGCUUGCCGUGAUUUAACCGAAGAUGACAAAAAAGAAGUGCGUUUAAUGUUCGCAGAAACGUUAAACAACGACACAAUCUGCUACAAAAGAAACACUAAACUAUGUGACGUAAAAAACAUAGACAUAAUUUGUGGAGAAAGUCAAAUACGAAGACGACGUGACGCGAGUGGACAAACGAGGGAAGACGUUAUUGACUCGGUUCAUAUUGCAUUCGACGUUUUUGCGGAAAAGCCCGAGAAAGAAAUCAAAAACUGUCGCCAAAUUUGCUCCAGCCUAAACAUUCCCGAUCGUUACUGUAAGAAUCAAGCUACGUGUGAACGUAUAUACAAGCGUUUUCUCAAAGCUGCCAUGAUAUACGCUAAGGGAAAGUUGGAGAAAUUGUUCGAAGAGGAUAGACAUAAAGCAGUCUUUCAUGCUGCAAGUCGACGUUUUGAAUCAGCUGGUGGCAAUGUGUCGGAUGUAAUGGUGGACUGCGGGGCGGGAAUGGAAUCUGUGGGCAGCAGAGGUGUAUGCUUGCCAUGUUUACCAGGCACUUACUAUUCCAAGGCUGAUGGCGGGUGCAGGCCGUGUCCCCCUGGGACAUCACAGUCCCUCCUUCAGCAGACCAGUUGCCAGCCUUGUCCUCCGGGGAUGACCACACAACGCCAGGGAGCAAAAUACUGUGAAGUCUGCCCGCCGGGACAAUAUGGCGACAUGUGCCAGGGAGUAUGCCAGUGUGUCCACGGCACGUGUGAUCGUGUUACUGGUCAGUGCAUGUGCUCUAGUGGCUGGGAAGGAGAUCUGUGUGACAGAGACAUCCCAGGUUGUCGUGAGGGGCACUGCUUCCAAAAAAGCACUUGUGUGGAUGUUCUCGCACCGGGGACAGGGUUUCGCUGUGUAACACAGUAACGGUCACAGGCCAUGUAAGGCACGACAUCCAGUACCCAGACAGGCCCCAAUCCACAGAAGUGCCUCUGGAUUAUCUAAGAGGCUUUUGUAGCCUCGACCAUGAUUUUUUACGUUCUGUAUGGAUAUAGACACAACUGCAUAUGGCAAAAAACAAAAACGUUUGACUCCAAGAUUCUUUAUUCCAGGGGCAAUGUAUUGCAGAAAUAUUCAGUAAGAAUUCAUUUAAUUUUAAUGGAUAGCUUUUGAGAAAAUAAAAUUUCAACUUUGA